UUUGUAUUUGAGCGUAAAGACAAAAACUGGAGAUUCACUCACGCACCAUUUUCAAUUGAUCCCCCAAUUCUUCUUCUUGAGGAGGAAGCUGCUGCUGCUGCUGCUACAUGAUGAGAUAAGUAUGAGGAAAAGAUCCUUAUCAGUUCGCCAGAAUUUGUUGCUAAUCUGGAAACUUGCAAUUCUUCUAAGCUUCAUCUUUCUGGUCUUUGCACUUGUGCGGAUCCACUUUUAUUAUGACGAUCGUUCCCCCGAUGAUGAUGAUGGUGAUGUUUUCCAAGGAAACCCUAGCCUUGCUUUCAUGUUUUUAGUUCGUCGGGAUCUCCCCCUUGAUUUCCUCUGGCAAACCUUCUACCAGAAUGUUGAUGCAGCCAAUUACUCGAUUUAUAUUCAUUCGGAACCUGGUUUUGUGUUCGAUGAAACCACCACAAGGUCCAGCUUUUUUUAUGGUCGCCAUUUAAGCAAUAGCAUUAAGGUAGGUUGGGGCGAAUCAAGUAUGAUUGAAGCUGAAAGAUUGCUGCUCCGAGCAGCUCUUCAAAAUCCGGCAAACCAGAGGUUUAUUCUUUUAUCAGACAGUUGUGUUCCCCUCUACAACUUUAGCUAUAUUUACAAUUACCUGAUGGGAUCUUCUAAAAGUUUCGUGGACAGCUUUCUUGAUAUGAAAGAAGGUCGUUACAAUCCUAGGAUGUCUUCUGUUAUACCGAUGAGGAAAUGGCGAAAAGGCUCACAGUGGAUUGCUUUAGUCAGAAGCCAUGCAAAAGUUGUGGCAUAUGAUAACGUCGUAUUUCCAGUUUUCAAGAAGUUAUGUAAGAGACGUCCGCCCUUGGAUGUUAGUAAAGGAAAACAGAAUCUUAAGCUUCAGAGGCAGCAUAAUUGCAUCCCUGAUGAGCAUUAUGUGCAGACGUUACUUGCAAUGAAUGAUCUUGAGGGAGAGCUUGAAAGACGAACUGUGACAUACACUUUAUGGAUCCAGUCCGCCACAAACAUGGAAACGAGAAGCUGGCAUCCCGUAACCUAUAAUUAUGCAAGUGCCAACCCUCAACAAAUCAAAAGAAUCAAGGAUAUAAACCAUGUAUAUUAUGAGACUGAACACCGAACGGAGUGGUGCAAGAGUAAUUCAAUAUCGGUCCCCUGUUUUCUGUUUGCUCGCAAGUUUUCUAGAGACGGGGCCAUGCGGCUUUUGACCCAGGGGAGUUUUGAUUCAUCUGCUCUAUCUCAUACGUCUCCAUGAUUAAUAGCUAUUUGUCAUUAUAGAGUAUACACAGUGACUCUAGAAAAGUCAUGUUAUUAAAAUAACUCCGUUUUCCCAUCUUUGGGGCUGGUUCUUUGAACACAUUGUUGUAAAAGUAAUAAUGAGGAAGUUUCAAGCCUUGGGAAACGGGCAGGUCGGGUCAGAACAAGCUGUUUUACCUUGGUUUUGGUUACAAUGAGUUGGAAUUAAAAUUAGUUUCGGUUGAA